UCAUGUCAAAUUGUCUAUGAACGGUAGAGAUUUUUGAAUGUGACCGAUACAAAGAAUGAUACACCACGUCUUAUCAUGUAAAUAGUGGGAUAUGUGUGCUAAAAUGUUAAUAACUUAAAAAAUAAAAUUUUUCAUCACUCGUAUUAAAAUACGUGGUAUACCACUUAUGUUCUCAUCACAACUAAAAAUAAAUUUCUUUAUGAACUGACUUUUCCCCAAUCUCAUGCUCAGUUGUCCAUCCCCUUGAAUUUGGUCGCAUUUUGCGACACUGUCACCCUCUUCCUUUUCGGCCCUUAUCCCUAACUCCUUGCCUUUUUCCAAUCAAUCGAGUAAAUAUUGUAGGGUAUUGAAACGAUCAUGCAAAAUAAUUAUUGUUUCACUCGGACCCUUAUCCAACUUGAAUGUAACGUUUUCAUAAACUAGUAGAAAUUAUAUGGGGCCGCCGUCCAUUUUUAAUAUUUGUUUUGAAGGAAAAAAAUAGUAACAUUCGGCGUCCAAUCCGAAACUAGAUGACUUCGAACACGACACCAAUGCAACCCGUUUCAUUUCUACUGUUUCCACCAUCUCUAACUGUUUCUAUAAAUACUUAGUCCAUGGCCUACGACGCAAAUGCAAAUACACUUCACUCCAAAAGCAAAAUCCAAUCACUUCUUCGGUAGCUGCAAAGCAACACACUUCGUUUUUUCGGCAAAAAUCCCUUCUUCCUUAGCUGCAAAAAGCACUUCUUGCUCUGCUUUGCUGCAAAAUUAAGCGCGCAUCUCUGCUAAAAUGUGGAGUAUCGAGCUGACCGAUUUUAUUCCGGGUUUGCCUGCAGAACUGGGACUCGAGUGCCUGACUUGGUUGCCCUACACAGCUCACCCAGUUGCCUCCCGGGUCUGCCGUCCAUGGCGGACUCUCUUAGAAAGUCAAGAUUUUUACUUUCACAGGAAGAAAACCGGACGUACCUACAAGGUUGCAUGCUUGGUUCAAGCUCUUCCUCCAAAGCUUGUUGCAUCAGAAUCUGACGUACCCAAAUCCACCGAGUCACCGGCCUACGGAAUCACUGUGUUUGACCGGGCCAGUCGCUCGUGGGAUAGACUCGACCCGGUUUCUGAGUACCCAAAUGGGCUGCCCUUGUUUUGCCAAUUGGCAAGUUGUGAAGGGAAGCUUGUGAUCAUGGGCGGUUGGGACCCGGUGAGUUACGACCCGGUCACCGACGUGUUUGUGUACGACUUCGCUACUUCCCAUUGGAGGAAGGCCAACGACAUGCCGUCCAAACGCUCUUUCUUCGCUAUCGGAUCGGACGCGGGCCAGGUGUACGUGGCGGGCGGGCAUGACGAGAACAAGAACGCCUUGAAGUCAGCAUGGGUUUAUGAUGUGAGAUCGGACGAGUGGACUGAGUUGACUCCGAUGAGUCAUGAUCGGGACGAGUGUGAAGGAGUGGUGAUUGGGAGCGAGUUUUGGGUGGUUAGCGGCUACCGCACCGAGAGUCAAGGAGUGUUCGAGGGAGGUGCCGAGGUGUUGGAGUUGGGAUCACGGCAGUGGCGGCUUGUGGACGAGGCGUGGGAGGCGGGGCAUUGUCCAAGGCAUUGUGUUGGAGUAGGGGACGAUGGGAAAUUGGUGAGUUGGGGUAAGUUGGACUCGGGGGUCCGAGUUGGAACGUGCGGAGUCAUGCUUGGGGGUGGGACCCUGGUGGUGGGGUCGGAGUGCCAAGGGGCAAGUCAAGGGUUCUAUAUGGUGGAAGAAAUGAAGGGACGUCAAAACGGUAAAUUAGAUAGUAUUAGUGUGCCCGAUGAGUUUUCAGGGUUUGUUCAAUCAGGUUGCUGCGUUGAGAUUUAGAUAUUAAUUAAUAAGGACAUGUGUUGAGAGUAUAUGUAUGAUUUUUGGGUGCAAUCUUUUCUAUUUAAUGAUAUGUGUAACAUGUAGUUUCUUUGUCUUAUAUUGUGAUAUUACUGUAACGUCACAUGCAACAUACAUACAAAUUACGUAUGCCCUUUUUAA